CAAUCAGAACUCAAAAAAGUUACCAACUUCCGAACGCGUUUAUCGUAAUAUUCAUGUAUGGAAAUUUAAAAUGAUAGAUAAAUAUAUGCAAAACUAAUGAAAUAAGUGAAGUUAAAAAUUAGGAGAAAGACUAUUUUUAUAAAUUAUAAAAAUGUACUUAUAGUUAAUAUUAAAAAUGGCGGCCGAAAGGUAUCUAUGGUUAGCUACUGCUUUGCUUCGGCUGUGGUUGGGGGCUGGCGAUCUAUGUUAUGCUCAGUCUACGCUGCUCUCCUUCCAAGACCUGCUGCCUGAUGACCCAAGGCUGUAUGACAAGAUGAGACCCCCAAAGAAGGAUGACCAGCCAACCAUCGUGAACUUCCACGUCACAGUCAUGGGACUUGAUUCGAUCGACGAGAAUUCCAUGACAUACGCAGCUGACAUAUUUUUUGCCCAAACUUGGAAGGACUUUCGUCUGAGACUACCUGAAAACAUGACAACAGAAUAUAGGCUUUUAGAAGUGGACUGGCUGAAGCAUAUGUGGCGUCCAGACUCCUUCUUCAAGAACGCGAAGUCUGUCACCUUCCAGACUAUGACCAUACCAAACCACUAUGUCUGGCUUUAUAAGGAUAAGAGCAUUUUGUAUAUGGUGAAGCUGACUCUGAAGUUGUCUUGUGCUAUGAAUUUCCUCAUCUACCCUCACGAUACCCAAGAAUGUAAACUGCAAAUGGAGAGCUUGUCCCAUACAACAGACGACAUGAUAUUUCAAUGGGACCCCGAAGUACCGCUGGUGGUAGAUGAGAACAUAGAACUGCCCCAACUAGAGCUGGUGCAGAAUAGGACAGCUGAUUGCACACAAGUCUACUCUACUGGUAACUUUACAUGCCUAGAAGUAAUCUUCAAACUGAAACGUCGGCUGGGUUAUCACCUCUUCAACACCUAUAUACCGACUUGUCUCAUCGUUAUAAUGUCUUGGGUGUCAUUCUGGAUUAAGCCCGACGCUGCGCCCGCGCGAGUGACACUCGGUGUGACGUCAUUGCUAACACUUUCCACUCAACACGGGAAAGUUCAAUCCCAGCUUCCGCCAGUUUCGUAUUUGAAAGCUGUUGAUGCUUUUAUGUCCGUAUGUACUGUGUUCGUGUUCAUGGCACUGAUGGAGUAUUGUCUGGUGAACAUCAUACUUGAUGACGGUGGGAGAAAACCAAAGGAACCAGCUGAAGCGGCAAAAGCGAAACUGCGUGCUAUCAACAUUGAUCGCUUUUCUCGAGUUUUCUUCCCUCUUCUUUUCUCUGUACUAAACGCAACAUACUGGAUCCAAUUCGCCCAAUAUAUAUGAUUAAUUAGAUUUCAAUCAACAUACGUGUCAAAUGACAGACUUAAAGCAGGUGUUAUUGAGUUACCUACCGUGUACCGUUCGGGCGAUUGGAAAAGAAUUAUGAAAUUUAGAUAUUUUAAAUAUCUUACUUUAAGGUCAUUGGUAAUUGGGCCUAUAUAGUAAGACCUUUAUAAUAAGAAUCUGACAUAGUUUGGAAGAUUUUAUUUAGACUUUGUUCUUUUCCUAAUUGCAGGAUCGGUACCCUUACAGCACAUAACUUAGAAAAUAUUUUUCUUCUAAAACUUUAGUGCUCGAUUUUGAUUCAAGACACCAACAAGUAACUAUGGCUCAGUUUUAUUAAAAAAAAAUAUUUACAUAUUAAAAAAACUCGCUCUUUAUGAAAUGUUCUUUCGAAGGCUGGCUGUCACCAUAGAUACUUUUUGGAUGCCGCACUUGGAUUUAAUUUGUGAAAUGGUCUUGUUACAAUUUUCAAUAACCUCUGAAUUGCCCAAUGUAAAUUGCUUUAUUUUUAUGAAUUACUGAAUGCAGAAUAAAAUGGUGACUAUUAUUUAUAAGUAAGUUAGGUUGAGAUACUUAACGAUGACUACAAUAAUAUGUUACUACGAAAAUACAGAAGAAAAGUAGCGCCGAUUGAUACAAUUUUGAUUCUCUAGAUCGUGUUAUGUAACUGAAAAGUAGAGUAGUGUAGUUGACCUUUCAAAUAAUAUUUUAAAAGUAGAAAAUUCUGCUUCUUAAGGUCUUGCUUAUAUAAAACUCAUAAUUUUACCACAGUUAAAUUUUUGGAGUAACAAAUUGAAGAAAGCUUUUCGAAAUCCUAGACCAUGAAGAGAAUAGUUUUCUAAAAGUUUUUCUUAAUUCUAAUAUGUUUAUAUUGUUGCAACAUCACAUUAUGUAAAAAUUUAUGAAUAAAUAAAAAAAAUAAUAUGAUAUCGAUAAUAAAUUAAUAACAAUUAAUAGAUAUUCAACCAAAUGAGAUUUAAAAAAGCUUGGGGCUAACCAGCCGAGCCAUGGACUUUAUUCGACCAAAGGCUCGCGAUUGCGUUACCUUUUAGGAAUCGUUUCGCUCUUUUUGUUCGUUAACUAAUUUAAAGUGUAUUGCGAUUUAUGUAUGUCAUACAAAAUUAAGAUUUAAAAGUAGUAUAUCAUAUAUAUAAGAGAUACAAUUCAAUAUGCAGUAAGAUUUAAACGUAUUUAAUAGAGAAUGCAAGGGAAUUGUUUUUAAUUAUAAACAUCUAUUUGUUAAAUCUUAGUUUACGUA